GUAAAUAGCACUGCACCCCGGUCCAAGUUUGAUUACCUACGGACUCAAAUUUACUAUACCUAUUUCCUUCGGGCAGGGGUAAAUGGUAGAGUUAUACUAAAUUGUUGUCUACGUUCGUUACUUACUGUGUCAGUUGUUUGUCCACCAUACGUUCGUUAGCUGUGGAAAUUACUCGUAAUGUCAAAUUGAUUAUUAUUAUUAUACUCAUCAGUGCCUUAUCUCCCUAGCAUCCUUAUCAGUUAGUUAUAUCACUACUUUAUAGUUCUAAUUGACCUCAUUACGAAUGACAUUACAACCUCCUCCUUAUGAAUAAGCCGACUGUUAAUUGAAUUUAUCAUCCGUCUCUUGGCCUUGAGAAGACGUCAUUAUAACCUCCACCUUCUGAAUAAGCCAACUGGACCCCUCAACCUCUUUAUAUACGACUAUGUUGGCAGAAGAUCAGUACAUUCGUACAAUGUAGUCUCUGUGACCAAUUUAUAGAUCACUCUCAAGCAGUACGCAUCAAAAUCAACGAGAUCGACGUGACAUUUUAGCGCACACAAGAUGGUUUCUGACAGCAUUCCCCAAACUAUGAAAGCAUGGACUCAGAAUGGAGCCGACUGGCUAUCAAUCAACCAAAUCCCAGUUCCCCGUUUGAAAGACAACCAUGUUCUUAUCAAAGUAAAGUAUGCGCCUCAGAAUCCCACAGACUGGAAACAUGCCGUCAGUAUCUCCCUUCCGGGGGAUGUCCUAGGCUGCGACUUUGCCGGGACGAUUGUUAAGCUUGGGCCAAAUCUCAAAGUUCCCCUCAAGAUCGGUGACCAAAUCGCUGGCUGUGUCAAUGGGGGAUGGUCUAAUGUCGAGGGAUCAUACGCCGAGUACGCCGCAGUUGAAAGUGACAUGUGUUUUGUGGUGCCCCAGGGAAUGAAACCUGGGGAGGCGGCGACGUUUGGUAUAGGAUGGGUCACUGCUGCCCAGACCAUCGUCCACCAGCAAGGCAAAUCUUUCCCUCCCGGCGACACCAAAGUAUCUGGCAAUCCCUGGUAUAUUAUCUACGGUGCCUCCACCUCUGUGGGUUUCUUCGGCAUAUCUCUGGCCAAAGCGUUAGGCUACCGCGUUCUCGGUGUCUGUUCUCCUCACUCUUUCGAUGUCGUCAAAUCUUACGGUGCCGAUGCUGUUGUCGAUUAUCACGACCAGAAAAAAGCGAUUGCUGAAGCUCUCGACAUCACCAAUGGGGGUGUUGAGUACGCGCUUGACGCUAUAUCCGACGGGGAUAGCUUCAAGAUCGUAAUAGGCAUGAUGGGUGACAAAGGGAAGCAAUUGAACUGCAUCUUGGGUGUUCCAGAGGAAGUGUAUAAGAUCAACCCGAAGCUCAAAGUUGAGUGGACGUUGAUGCAUACCAUGUGGGGAGUAGAAUUUGAUUGGGCCCCACGUUCUGAGGAACAUCAGAUAUGGCCAGUCAAACCCAAAGACAGAGCGUUUGGAGAGGAAAUUUUCAGGAAAACCCCUGAGCUGAUCGCCAAAUACAAUAUUCGACCUAACCCAAUCUUGAUGCGAGGUGGUUUCGAAGAUAUCGAGGAGGGGCUGAAGGAUCUGCAGAAUGGAAAGAUCUCUGGUAAGAAAUUAGUGAUUAAGAUAGCUUGAGCAGCAGAAGAAUCGCUGCAGAGAAUUUCAUACCAAAGGCUAUGCGGUCGUGCCGGUUGUGAUGUUGUUGCUGAAGGCAAGAAAUGAAUUGUAUGUUUUAAGUUCGCUUGCGAUGAAGAGGAACAUUGCCCGAGGACCCAAAAUGCCGUUGAAUGAUUGAGCUGUACAAUGAUGGAGUGAAACCCUAGAACGCAGCAAGAACCUGUUGGACCAUGGCAAACUGGAUUGGAAAAAAGCUAAUAGCAGGAUAGGAAUUAUAGAUGCAGUGUUUACCAACCACCUUUUUUUCUAAUGGUUAGGCUACCAAAGGAAAGACUCCAUUUGUAUGUAUGUGUUUACGAGGGCAUUCAGCGGUAUCCGUUUCGAAACAAUGACACGCGCUGAGAGGUUCUAU